UCAAAGCAACAAGAACUACAGAAAACAGAACCAAAAUGGAAAGAAAGCCCGGUAUAACUUUUACACCUUGGGAGACAGACGAAGGUACGAAGGAAAAACGUCAACAGUCUAUCAUAACACCAGCAGUUUUCCCGAGGAGCUUUGAUUCCAACAUUUCCGAUGAGUCAAAACUAGCUGACGACUUGCAGAGUAGCAAAGAUAUUGUUUCAGGAUCGACAGAUGCGCAAAUAGGUACGAUAAGUCUGUUUGGCGUCCCUAUUGUUUGCCUUUAUGUAGAAGAUAAAGAACGACUUUGUCUAGCACAGAUAUCUAACACACUACUACGAGAUUUCAGUUACAAUGAAAUCCACAAUAGGAGAGUUGCGCUUGGUAUAACAUGCAUGCAGUGUUCGCCAAUACAACUUGAAGUACUACGCCGUAGUGGCGCUAUGCCCGUAUCCUCAAGAAGAUGUGGACUCAUCACAAAAAGAGAAGCAGAACGUCUUGUGAAAUCUUUUCUAGAAGACAUCCCACCGCCUAAGCUGCCCGAGAACUUUUCUUUUCAAGUUGAACAUUCAUGUGGAUGGGGUUGUCAGGGAAUGUUUAUGCCUUCCCGAUAUAACAGUUCACGUGCAAAAUGCAUUAAAUGUACUACAUGUAAUUCAUUCUUUUCUCCAAAUAAAUUUAUUUUCCACUAUCAUAAAACAUCAAGCAGCGCUUACAGGCAUCCCGAUGCUGCCAAUUUUAAUUCUUGGCGUCGUCACCUUCAUUUAGUAGAAUCUACUCCAGCGGAAUCUUUGUUGUUUGCAUGGGAGGAUGUGAAAGCAAUGUUUAAUGGAGGCUGUCGUAAGAGAACAUCUGGUGGGAAACCAAACUUUGCACUUUCACCCAACAGGCCAAGAGAAUCAACAGAAUAUAAAUCUCCGACUGUUCCUUCAAUGAUGAGAACUUACCAAGGAAUGCAAAGUACAGAUUUGUAUCGGUUAAAUAUGGCGGACAACAUGCAUUCUGCAUUUCCGGUUCAAGCAAGUCAUUCAUCAGUGGCGUCAUAUGGUGACAUGCUUCGAACAAUGAGUCUCAAUUACACCCCUUGGUGGAAAUCCUUGUACAUGCAACGUCAUGGCGUUCCUUCAUCAUGCAAUGUUCCAUUCAGUCCGGAGUUCAACAUGUCCAGUUACGGACACCCACAGUUUCCUUUGCCAUUAAUUGAUACCACCGAAUCAUUCAUGGAUGAAAUGAGUAAACUCUCAGAAAUAACAUCAAGCCAAGAAAAGAAAGAGAAGAAAAACGAGAAUAUAAGUACGACUCAUUCGCCGUCCGAAGCAGAAAUUGCUGAUAAAUUUUCAUCGGGUAAUGAUGACAGCAUUGAUAUCGAAACAGAAGAUAAUACUCCAUGUAAAGAUCAAGAAGAAAGUCAAAACCAUACAAUAGAGACAACAAAUACCAGCAUAUUUGGUGUUUGUAGCCAUGAAAAUAGUAUCCGCGAAUCUAAGGUGAGUCCAUUGUUUAGUUCACAAGAAAGUAAAUAA